GAGCUCCUGCUAUGGACCAGCAGCCCGCUGUCCUGUGUACUGCCCCAGCAUAACAGACAAUGUCCCCGAUGUGCAGAACUUACUGUCUGAGCAGAAGACACAAGAGAAGAGCUCAGAACAUACAAAUCUUGCAAGCUGACCGGAAGACACAGUGUGAAAGGUGGCUGUAAUAAUUCUGUUUCCUUGCUGAAAUACAAUUGAAAUAAGAAGAGUUUAUAUUCUUCAUGACUUCUUGUAGAUACAGACAUAUUUCCUGUUUUGUUUUGUGUUUGGUUCACUUGCAGCCCACAGUUCUUUCCAGUGUUUGAAUGAGUAACGAAAAUAGUAUGUGGCUACAGGCUUUAUUUAUCUUGGAAGGCACAAAGUUAAAGUGGCAAGUUAUCUGGUUUGGUAGAGGAAUUGUGGACUGACAGGUUCAGUUGGGGUCUGGAAGCUGACCUAGCCUUUGCAUCUUCAAAAGAAGGAACAUUUUUAGGUGCAAUUAAAGUCACAAUGAAUUAACCAGAUUUGGGCCAAACUUUUCUAAUGCUGCAAUUCUUCAGUUCAGUAGGACUAAAAACAUCCUAUCAACAGCAGAUGGUACACACACAAGGAGCAGGCUGGGUGAGUUGCCAUUUUCAUAUUGUUGAACUAGAGCUUUUAAAUGGAAGAUCUAGGAUGAGCCACUCACUUUACUGAUUUCUGGAACCACCUGUUUGCAGAGCUCCAGGACUAGCAGACAUCAGUACACUGGACCAGUUUUAUCAGAGACAAAUUUGAGCUUAUGACCUUGGUUUAGAGACUGCUUAUGCUAGUUCAAACAGCAGUGUGCAGCAGCUUGCACUGGCCACUCAGUUUCUUGCUUUAUUACUGCUUUCUGUAGAAUUUCUGUGGCUGUAUUAAUCCAGGAGGAAACCUGUCACAGGGAGGAAAUACACCAGCUCUCUGCCUUCCCAAGGCAGCCAGGAGUUGGCUGUAAACCUCACUGUCGUGCCCUGAAUUGUUUGGCCUACUGAGGCUGAAGGCCGUGUACUUGUCCCUGAAAUGAUGGUCAAUGGAAGAACCGUGUCUAGUUUGGAUCAAUGUACAGCUUUCUCUUGUUGAGAAAAUAGAUCACUGGAUCCAGAAACUAUGAAAAAGGAAUACAGAGAUUACUGGGUCAUUCUUUGCCAUGAGAAGAAAAUGCACUACGACCACCAACAGGGACUAACCAAAAGCACCAGGCAGGGGAGACUGGAUGGGCAGGAAGAACCACAGUAGAUGGAAGAUUUGGAGACUAACUUAAUCCAGACACGAAAAGCAUGUAGAAUAGAGCAAAUGGUAGCAAAAUGGCUCCAUCGAUCUCGGGAUGGUGCAUCCAGGGGCAGAGUGUCUGUGACAGACAGCACCAGUGAUAGCAGUGGCCAGCCUGCCAGCCAUGUCAAACUUACUGUCACAAUAUACAAAGAUUUGGUCCUCCAUCACUACGGAUUUGAGAUUUGUCCAAACCUUCCUCUUACAAUUGCAUCUGUUACUGCAGGGAGCACCGCUGAAGGGAAGCUGCAGCCAGGUGACCAGCUCCUCCUGAUAAACUCUACCGUGGUGGACGACGUGUCUGUCGAACGGGCAGCUGACAUCAUCAGGGAGGCCGGUGAUGAGCUCCUCCUAACCGUCCUGCGCUGCACGUCGGGCGGGCCUAAGUCAUCGUUUCUUACUGCAGAGAAGAGGGCAAGGCUGAAAACAAACCCUGUGAAAGUACGAUUCGCAGAGGAAGUGCUGGUGAAUGGACACACACAGGGGAAUUCCCUUCUUUGUAUGCCCAACGUUCUCAAGGUAUACUUGGAAAAUGGACAGACAAAGGCUUUCAGGUUUGAGAUGACCACUACUGUGAAGGACAUUGUUCUCACCCUGAAGGAGAAGCUCUCCAUCCGGAGCAUUGCACACUUUGCACUUGCUCUGGAGGAGCAGUACAAUGUCGCAAAGAUCCACCUGCUGCAUGAGGAGGAGCUCAUUGAGCAGGUGGUCCAAAAAAGAGAAUCUCAUGACUGCCGGUGCCUCUUCAGAAUUUGUUUUGUCCCAAAGGAUUCCUUAGACCUCCUGCAGGAAGACCCGAUUGCCUUCGAAUAUCUCUACCUGCAGAGCUGCAGCGAUGUGCUCCAGGAAAGAUUUGCUGUGGAAAUGAAAUGCAGUGUGGCAUUACGUCUGGCUGCUCUGCACAUACAGGAGAGGAUCUAUGCUUGUGCUCAGCCACAGAAAGUAUCCUUGAAAUACAUUGAGAGGGACUGGGGAAUCGAAAACUUCAUCUCACCAACUUUGCUUCGAAACAUGAGAGGGAAGGAUAUCAAGAAAGCCAUCAGCUACCACAUGAAGCGGAACCAGGUGCUACUGGACCCUCGGCAGAAGUAUUUCUUCUCUUGCAAAACAAAGCAUAUGCUCGCAGCAGUCCAAGUGCGCCUGAGCUACCUGCAAAUACUGGGAGACCUGAAGAUGUACAAUGGGAAGAUCUUCAAUGCCACCCUGAUGCUACAGGACAGAGAAUCGUACGUUGCCUUGCUGGUGGGUGCGAAGUAUGGGGUGAGCCAGAUUAUCAAUAAUAAGCUCAACAUCAUAACAAGUCUGGCAGAAUUUGCAAAUAUCAGCAGGGUGGAGCUUACAGAGGAAUCUGAAAAAGUGAGCAUGGUGAAAAUCUACCUGCAGGAUCUAAAGCUGCUGACUCUGCUGCUGGAAUCAAACAGUGCAAAAGAUCUUGUCUGCCUCAUCAUUGGCUAUUACAGACUGUUCGUGGAUGCAAAUGUCUCCAUAUUUACCUGGGGAGAGAAAAAACAGCAACUGCACCGUGUCUCAGCUGAAGAAGGGUACGAAUCUCGAACCUGCAGUGACUCUGAAGACUCCUGGGAGCUGGAUUCCUCCUCAGAGCAUUGCUUGGACACUCCUAUAGCACACAGCAGUGCCCAUCUUGUGUGCAAUGAGGAGGAGCUGAGAGAGCUCCACAGCCUGGAGAAGGACAGCACAAAGCCCCAAGCUGGAGGGAAUGACCAAUGUGAUGGGCGUGACAAUGCAACAGACAGCACAUCUGAGGCUUCAGAUUCAGCCAACACAGAGAGCCGAGGGUUUAAGACAAGUGGCUCCAGUGACUCUGUGGAUGCACUGGAGGAAGAUGAGUUGGAAGCUUGCUCUUCAUCCAGGCCAGAGUUCUUCCACUUGUAUACACCAACAGUGCAGGAGAUGAGCAGCUCAGACAAGAGCUUCUUCCCCAUUCGUACUGCAGGAGGCUCCAGAAGGGCAGAAACCAGAGACUACUACUGUUUUUUGCAGGUACCACAUGCAGAGGAGCCUGGGUGUGAAGACAGCCCCUCUGAGCAGAGAGGGGAGGACGUUGGUUCAUCUGUGCUGGAGACAAAGCUGUCUGAGAGAAACACCAUGGGCUAUUACAGCCUGUGCUACAGCAUAUCCCCUGCAGGCAGCGUGGAGAGGAGUACCAUAAGUCACAGCCCUCGAAGUCCUGGGAAAGAUGGGUCUGCCCAGGAAGAGGCACCGUGUGGAGCAGAGCUGACAGCAGACGCAAGCAACCUCAUUUUGGAGCCACCCCCAGGCUUUGGUGACACCAGCUCUGAGGAGGAGUUCUAUGAUGCUGCAGACAAGCUCAGCCCUCCGGAUGACCUGGCAGCAGGCAACAGUAUGAAGUCCCGGGAGGGUACAGACAUCUCCUCCUGCAUCCUAAAGAAACCAAGGUGUUACAGCUUGGGGGAAAACCUAAUGACAAGGCAGACAGCAAGGGAGAAACACAGAAAGGAAAAGGAGCUGACAUAUGCCAGGAGCCUGAGGAAGAGGAGGUCUUUCCUGAAAACCGAUUACACCUCACAGGUCACUUUCCCCUUGGCUCCAGGCUCUCUGCAGAGCUGCUGGUCUUGGCCACCCCCACUCCUUGCUCAGCCCCCGGCUCCACCCUCCUCAGAGAACAUCAAGAAGGAUGCAGAGCUGGGACUUCCUACUGCCACCCAGGCCCAGAGAGACACUGCUAGCACAAACCCAUCCUCUGACUUGAUGGAAAUGGAGCCUGACACCAUGGAAACAAAAUCAGUGACUGACUCGGUGGUGUCUUCCAUUUCAGCGGUUCGCGUGCAGAGUGACCAGCACAGGGAGGAGAGUGCAGACCUUGCCAUACAUGUGGACAGUGGCCUCCAACCGGCAAAUGUUGUAUAUUCACAUUCCCUGUCCCUGGAGGAAGCCAUACCCCUUCCUGGGGUACAAAGCAAAGCUGCCCAGGAAAGUUGCUCCAUGAAGACAAAUACUGCAUGGCCGAGUGAGGAGAGCUGUGUGGCCACUGGAAGCAGGCUGGCCCAAGUGGCACUGGAAGAGGUGGGUGAGGCAAUGGCAGCCCAGCACAAGGCUGGCAAGGUACCCCCAUUCCUGGUCCAAGAGGCGACCUGUCCUGUUAAUGAACACACACUGCCACCAUCAGCUCAUGGCCCCAGUGUGGCCUCUCCCCAUGAGGUGACCCAGGACCAGGAACUGGUCCCCACUGCUGGGAGGCAAGCAGCAUGUGAGGAGCCUGUCCCAGCUCUCUGUGAAGAAAGAAAAGCUAAUUGUGACAGCUGUGCUGAAAAUAGCAGUAACGGUGCCUUGUCACAGGCAAAGAGCAGACAACUGAUAAACAAAGAGGCCUUACAGAAAGUGCACAAGAAAAAUCAUGUGGGUUUUCCAGAUGCAACCCAGCUCUUAACAGAUUGCAGCAACACUUCAGGAGUUAUAACUCGCCUCUCCUGGCUCUCAUUUGGGGUGAGGACAGACCUCACAUCACCCAGCCCAUCUCAGGAAAGGGCAGAUAUCCCACUAGAGCUUUUGGCUUCCGAGAAGACCAGUGGGUGCCUGGGGGCUGAUGCGGUCAGAAGGGAGAUGCAAACAUGCACAGUUGGACUACCCUUUGAGAAAGAGUUGAUAGGCAGCCAGGGGCUGAAUGAAAGAGGGUCCAGGGAAGACACAGGAGAUGUGGCUCACAAACAGCCGCGGGCUGUUCAGACUCUUCUUCCUAGACAACAGGCUACUGAGGUGGGGAAAGACUCUCCUCUGACUCCAUCUCUAGAGCUUUCCAUCUCCUCAGGCCCAAUUCCCUUGGGCUCAUUGGGGAAAAGAGCAGGAGACCAUGGAGCUUCAAAACANNNUUUCCUCUGCUUUAGCCACAAGAAGGAUGAACAGACCCCUUCCGACCCCAUCAUGACCAGUUCCUUGGCUUUUCCCACAAUGAAGAAGACUUCUCCACAGCUUGGGGUGGACAAGUGCAGCUGUCGGCUGUCCUACAUCAGCUGCUUCCACAGGCCUGAUGACAGUGGGGAACGUGAAACCACUAUCUCCAUGUGCAGCAUGUUUCAGAGGCCCCUCACCACCCCACCAUCCAGCAACCACAGCCUUACUGGGAUCCCAGUCUCCAUUGCUAGGGAUGGGGCAUGGUGGGACCCUCAUGUCCAAGCCCUCAGCCAGCUGAAGGACCAAGCAUGGAUGAGCCCUGCAGAUUUCUCCCGCUUCCUAGCCUAUACCACAGAGCUUCAGGAGGUUGUGGGGAAGCUCUCUGGGAACCAAGCAACCCACUUGCAAGAUCAAUGUGCAGAGCAGGGUGCUGAGAGCAAGAGUGCCCUUGGCUUAGCCUCCCGGGACCUGCUGUCCAGUUGCCAGGAGCUCCUGAAAAUAGAGCAGCCCCUCAAAGAGCUGCAGGGUGUGCUUAGGGUGACAUUCGACCACCUGGUUCAGCUGGCAGUGGCCUGCUUCCAGGUGACGCACUGCCAGCAGUGCAGGCAGAGGCAGCAGGAGCUUGGGACUGCGCUUAUGGAUGUAGUGGGUACCUACCACCAGCUUGUGCAGGCUGUUCACCAGCAGCUUCACAGGCAAGGCUGCCCAGAUCUGGGUACCAAGCUCCUGGCCCGCCAACACACAGCCCUUAGAGCUUCCAUGUUUUGUCUCCUGCAGCAGUUCAGGGUACCCUCGUUGUUGUGACAGAGCUGUUUGAUGACACACGGGUGCACUGGCUGGGGAAGAGCCCAGCCAUGUUCCCUCUGUCCGCUGCCAGGCUCUUCCUUGCAGGAUAUUUAGCCUCACAGCUUGAGAAUGGUCACGGAAGGAUGUGUCCAUGCAUGCCAGCUUAGCUCCACCACGAGCUGCCCUGUCCAAGGGGUGGUCAUGGGGUAAGGCAUAAUGCCCUCCAGCCUAGCUUUGUGUAAUUGUGCGUGCAGAAUCUUUAUGUAAUAUCCAAACUUGUAGAGUACUUCAGUGGCUUAUGUAUCUUGCCUGGAGCUUGUCCCUCACCUCCCAAAGGCCUUGCAGGGGGCCAGUCUCAAGGUGGUGUCUUAGCUGCCUUCUGUUGCCUGUGGAGAAAGACAGGAGCCUUUUUGCCUGCCUUUCCUCCCACUCCUUGCUCUGCAGGCAGACUGUAAAGUAGAGUGACAUCAGCUCCCACCCUGGCCCAACACGAAGGAACCCAGACUGCUUUGUCCACCUUCUCUGGCCGAUGGUGUGUCUGGACUUGUAAUGGAAACUUGUUCGGGAACAAAACUAUGCUCUAUUUAACUGCUUUUCCUUGCAAGAGCUGAAGUGAGGGUUGUCCCAGGCAGGGGAGACACCACCAUAUCCUGCUCUUCUGAUACGGUUUGUGUGUGUCAGCCAGCUCUUCUGUUUGCUGAUGUUUGAGAAAGCAUGGCAGGGGGUUAACCAGGGACUGCUUAUGGAUCCGUGUCUUCCAGAAGGAGUAAGGCCUGAGACUGAAAUGCAACCUUCACAGCUGUGGAGAUGACCCAUUAUGGUGGCCUGCCUAGGUGAGGGCAAGCCCCUUUUCCCAACCUCAUCAGUAGCUCAUGUGCAGUACAUCCCUAGUUAGGUAUGAGCUGUUUUCCCUUAAAGGUCGUCUUAGUGCCCUGUAACGAAGAGGACAAAGGUAGGUCCCUGAUGGCUGGUGUCUGGCAUAGGGGCUUGUUUGGGAACACUGCCUUUCUCUGUUGCGUGAUGAGUUGUUGCUGCAGCAGGUCAGUUGCUGCAGCCGUGUCCUCAGGAUGGAGGGAUCUGCACCAGGUGGUAGAGGAGCAUGGGCAGGUCAUAAGAGGUAGUCAGCUCUGCCCAUGCACACCACGUCUACCCAAGCACCAGGGCAGUGUGGGACAGGAUUGUCCUGUGGCUCUGUUACAUCUGAGGAGGCCACCCCCACUUUUUUUGCUCAUUCUUUAAUACUUCCAGAGGGAGUAAAGGGCAAGUUCUCGCAGCUGAACCCUGCUGUGGAAGAGCAUGGAAGCUGGGGCAGAAGGGAGUGCUGCUGCACCCCUAAGAGACCUCCCUAACCAGGCAGACUCUUGCAGCCAGGCAAGGAAAUACCCACAGAAAUUUGGCAACUUUUAGUAGCCCUACGCCAGAUAACAUACAGCUGCUAGGCUCACAGUGUGCCUGCAGGCAGCAGCUAGCUAACCAAGGGCAGUCUCUUUUCCUGGCCACACAGGAGGGUAGCACUGCCAGGUGGUUUGGGUUAGCAUAUACUGCUGCAUAGCAAACUCAGGGGCUUAAUUAGAAACUUUGAAGUCUCUUACACUGAAGCCCAAGUGCAGAUUCCUAACUACACAGCCACAGCUGAUGAGCAGGAGGAUGUGAAGAGUAAGAACUGGAAGAGCCCAUUGGGCACAGCAGAGCAACAGCCAGCAGCAAGCGCGUGCAGCCUACGGGGGGGAGCAACCUCUGUGUCCACCAACAGCUCUUGCAGCAGGCCCUACUGAUGCUGCCACAUGAGCACUGAGCUCCAGGUGUUGUAAAAGGCUCUUGAUGUGAAGGAGGAAUGAAAACACACAACCACAUGAGAUAGGUAAUUUACCUCAGAAGAACUUCAAGUCCUUCCACUGGUGGUUAGACAUAGUUAUUGACUGUGAGGGUUUUGUUUUGUUUGGCGUUUUUUUAGCAACACUGGCUGAGGUAACAUAUCAACCUAGAUGCAUCAAAAAUGCUUUCUGCUGUGGCUGUGAAAUACAUCUCUGCU